AUUCUCAUCCUUUUUGCUUGAUCUUUGUUGGGCGUAACUAGAUUGUUCUACCACUUAAAAAGCACCUUUUACACAUACAGCCCAGAAUUACUUCCACCAGAGUACCUACCAUGAAGUUUUUGAUUACCCUUCUCCUCCUCGGUUCAUCAGAUGCACAUUGGUGGCAAGGCUCCGAUGCCUGCGGGUAUGUAGUUGGUGGCUCCCACAAUCAUGUUGCAAGAAACAUACGAGAGUUGGAUUGCUCUAGUUACAUGAGAACUACUGUCACUCCGUCCUACAUAGCUUCUGGGUACUCCAUCCCUUUAGUCACUCUGGUAUACGAAGCGCUAAUGGCUUAUCAAUCAGCAUUGUCACAAUUACUACCGUCGUACGGAAUGAAAUUACCUACACGGAAGCCAGUACAAAUAUAGUUUUUGUGACAGCCAGAGCCGUAAAACCAAGGGAGGCUGUUAUAGUUACUGUCACGGGAGAUGCCAUUACACUCACAACCACGCUGAAUGCAAUCACAAGCACGGCCACGGAAACGAUCCCGCCAUAUGCGACGAGCGCUUGUCCAGAUCACAGUGCAUAUGUUGAAGCAUGCCGGAGUCACCUGAAUGUAGUGGUAAACACUAUCACUGUCACAGCCCCUACCUCAUAUGUGACAGAGUAUGCAACUGUGAAUUUACCAGGAGUUUCGCUUGGAGGCCCGUCCAGAGACCAAAUUACCGCGCUAAACCCCAAUAGAGUGGAAACUAUCACUGUAACUUCCACUGUUAUUGGAGAACCAAAUUCGGGCUCUAGCUCUAAGUCAAGUGUGGUAGUAGAGCUAACAUCCGCAAAUGGUAUAUAUUCUAGUCUCCUGCUAAACUCACCUGCUAGUCUCCCUUGCUAAUGGCUUCAGUCACUUUUUCAUCCCUUUCAUCCAGCAGCUUAGCAUCUGAAAUACUUUUGGUGCAAUCAUCCCAAACUCUGCCCAGUUUAUCGUCAACUCUUUCGUUCAACUCCAGCUCAACUACUCUUUCAUCAACGUCUACUUCAUUAAAUGUAUUGAGUGCAACAUUCUCAAACUCUCUUGCUUCCAGUACAGAAAGCUCACCUUUUUCUUCUCUAAUCUCAAAGUCAGAAACUUUAACUAUUUCACCUUCAAACUCCUCCAUUUCGAGCUUUAAUGCAUUUUAUACCACAAUUUUAUCAACUGAAACGAGAUCAUUGGUAACCUCUUCCAAUUCAGCAUCAGGAACGAUGCUCACUCUCUUAACACCCACAUCAUCACAUCUUCCAUACACAUCCUCUACCAUCACAUCCCAGCCGCCCUCAAACUUCUCCUCAACCUCCACUUCCAUUCCCACCUCCUCAUCAUCAUCCAGGCCCAGGUCUCCCGUCUCUCCUCUUGUCGCCACAUGUAACGCCACAGCCGCUUGCCGCCAAAACCAACAUUGCUCUUCAGACAACACCUGCUUAUGUCGUAUGUUCUCCAACUUACCACUCCCCUCAUCCCACCCACUCUUCUCCUAUCCCCAUCUCCUUGACCAAAAUUCACUAACAGAUUCCACAGAACCAUCUUUAAGCGGCACAGGCUACUGCAUGGCUGAUACACCAUGCUCCGCUCUCUCUUCUUGCACCAUCGAUUCUGACUGUGGCUCCGGUUCGGCCUGCAUGAGAACUUGCUGUUCUGAAAAUAAAUGUCUUUCAUUACUAGGUUUAUGUAAGAAUCCUAAUACUGCAACAGUUAUUUUCAAGAGGGAUGAGGAGGGGAACAAUAGGCAUAGGAUGCCUGGGGACGUGGGAGAGGAGGGAGAGGAGUGGACGAACAGGGGACCAUGGGCUAAAAGAUUGGGAAGAAUGUGAGAUGGAAGGGUGUUAGAGUUUAUGAUGUAGUCUGGCGGUUACUGUUGCUGGUUUGUUUACUCUGCUUUAAUACUAUUGUCGCUAUAGAUUAUGAAUUAUAUGCAAAAUAAUAAACAUUUUUACAAUUUACGCUUCACUCGUCCUAUGUUUUGACCCGAUCACCAAAAAUUCCAUACGAUUCUUCAAUCGACCUAAGAAAAUACAAAAUGC